AUGGAAGAGCUUCCAAACUUCAAGAAACGAAGAGGAAUUGCUAAAUGGAUUCCUGUGAUCAUCGCCGCCUCGAUGCUCUUCUUGGAGUCGUCCACGUACCGAUGCUCCGGUAUUUUUUACGUCAUUAUCAUGGAAGAAUUCGCCAUCGCCCGUGGCCCCGCAUCUUGGCCAAUCACCAUUCUAGGUGCAUUAAAUGAUAUCGGAGGAAUUCUAGCUGGGCCUCUGUGUUACCUGAUUUCUUUGAAGUCGGUUAUCUUGAUUGGGUGCCUCGCGCACGUGCUCGGCAUGGUGGGCGCAUCCUUCGCACCCACAGUCGCCUGGAUGUCGGUCACUUUAGGCUUCAUUCACGGAAUUGGAGGAGGCUUCAUCCGCACUUUGCUGCAGGUGUACCUUAGCACAAAUUACAAGAAACACCUCGGAAUGGCUCAUGGCCUGAUGUUCGCUGGAGCCACUGCUUCCUCCUUCGUUUUUCCUUCCGUCCUAAUGAGUUUGAAGGAGGCAGUCAAUGCUCGGGGAUGUAUGUUAAUAUUAGGAGCAAUUCUUCUGCACUAUAUUCCAUUGUGCAUGCUCAUAAAGCAUCAGGAUCGCGUCGACAUAUCGAAAAAUGUAUCCACCAACGGCAACAUCGAGACCAUCGAAACUACGGAAGAAUUAACCACCACAGAAACAUCUUCAAGAUCGUGUUUUGUGAUUGCCCGGGAUGCUGGGAAAAUACUGUGCACACCAACGUUUUAUAUCAUCGUAAUCUCCUGGUUAUUAGUGGUGUACGCACUCGAACUUUUCUUUAUUACUAUAGUGGACUUCGCAAUAGACAGGGGCUUAACUGCCGAUGAUGCUGUGACCCUGCUCGCAGGAUACGCGGUGACGGAUCUCUGUGGAAGGGUACUCCUCCCAGUGGCCGCUGACAAGCAGUAUGUUCGUACAAGUACGCUCAUGGCUGUUAACUAUUUUUUCCUCGCUAGUUCAUUUCUGGCGUUACCAGAAGUGUGGUCUUUUGCCAGCCUUCUUGUUGUCGGUGCUCUGGCCCCAAUAUUUAUGGGAUGUGGACUAGCCAUGACCGGUGUACUGAUGGCCAAGUACAUGGGCAGGGAACGUCUACCGCUCAGCUAUGCAAUCGCCAGUCUACUCAGCAGUCCGUUGGUCUUCCUCAAGCCUGUAGUCAUUGGUUAUUACCGUGAUUAUAUUGGGUCCUAUAAUGACCUCUACAGACUGUUGGGUGGACUGUUGCUGAGUCUGUGUAUACCUUGGACAGUCACAACGAUCUGGGAGCGCCGAGAAAAUAAGCGAAGGACUUUCCUGCAGCAUGUGUAUACAAGCUGCAAUAACAAUGAACUUCGACGUCACAAUCUCGUGGUACUAGAACGAUUCCAGAAGUCAUUCAAACGGGACACCGAAGGAGAAGAACAGUAUCUCGAUCUGGGGUGCGGCACGGGCGACUUCACGCGUGAGGGCCUGCUUCCCCACUGUCUUCCGUGCCGAAGGAUCGUCGCCGUCGAUGUCUCCAAGGGCAUGGUCGAGUACGCGAGGAGCCAUUUCGGCCAUCCCAAGAUUGACUACGACGUCCUCAACGCUGUGGAAGAGGACGUGUCCGGUUUCAUGGGGCGCUACGGUCAGUUCGAUCACGUCUUCUCCUUGUUCUGUCUGAACUGGGUAAAGGACCAAGCGAAGGCGCUAAAAAACAUCGCGCUGCUGAUGAAACCUGGGGGCAGUUGUCUGCUCCUCUUCGUCGCCUCGACGUCCCUAAUGCCACGCCGCCAGGAACUGGCUUUGAAGACGCGCUGGGCGAAAUACGCGCAGAUUGCCUUAUAA